CCCCCCCCCUCCUCCUCGCGGCCCCCCACGGCGGCGGCGGCCCCUGUUGCCAUGGCGUCGCGUAUCGGGCUGCGCCUGCAGCUGAUGCGAGAGCAGCUCCAGCAGGAGGAACAGCGGGAGCGGCAGCAGCAGCAGCAACAACAACAACAUCAACAACAACAACAACAACAACAUCAACAGCAACAACAACAGCAGCAGGCGGCCAUGCUGUACCAGCAGCAGCAUCAACAACACCAGCAUCAGCACCAGCAUCAGCAUCAGCACCACCAGCAUCAGCACCAACAGAGGAUGGCCGGCCCCCCAGCCCCCACCCCUGCCAUCAACGCCCCGCCAGCCCACAUCCAGGGCCCCAUGCAGGUGCCCAUGGAGGUCCUCAAGGUGCAGACUCACCUGGAGAACCCCACUGACUACCACAUCCGGCAGUCUCAGCGUCAGCAGGUGAAGGAGUACCUGUCCUCCACCUACAUCCCCAAGCAGGCGGUGCACGCCAUCUCCGGGGUGGUGCAGCCGUCGCCCCCGUCCCUGCCACCGCAGGCGCAGACGGCCGCCGCCACGCCGCCACUCCCCUCCCCCCGCAUGCGCACCGAGCAGCUCAUCAGCUCCGCAGGAAACAGCGCCCCCGCCAGCCCUAUGGCCAUGCUCAACAUCGGCCAUGAGAAUGAGAUGGAUGAGGUUAUUGAUGACAUCAUCAGUCUGCAGUCCAGUUACGAUGAUAUUCAGGCCUACAUUGACCCGGUCCAGAUGCCAAAUACACUCCCCUUGUCUAGUAGCCAUCUGGAUGUCUACACCGGUCCAGGGAUGACUGGUCCAGCCAUUGCCAUGACGAGCAACUCCUGCCCCGCCAACCUGUCAAUUAAACGAGAGCUGUCAGAUGCAGAAGCCCGUGCAAUGGCCAAGGAGAGACAGAAGAAAGAUAACCACAACCUGAUCGAGAGGAGGAGGCGUUUCAACAUCAACGACCGCAUCAAAGAGCUCGGCACCAUGAUCCCCAAAACCAAUGACCUGGACGUGCGAUGGAAUAAGGGCACCAUCCUGCGGGCCUCAGUGGAGUACAUCAAGCGCAUGCAGAAGGACGUGCAGCGGAGCCGCGAGGUGGAGAGCAGCUUCAAGAGGAUGGAGAUGGCCAACAAGCAGCUGUGGCUGCGCAUCCAGGAGUUGGAGAUGCAGGCUCGACUGCACGGCCUGCCUUGCACCUCCCCCUCUGGCUUCAGCAACGCCGACCUGCUGGGUCCCUUCGUCAAGCAGGAGGUCAGCCCGGAGGAGAACCACCACCCUCAGCAGCAGCAGCAGCAGCAGCACCCCCAGGCCCACGCCCAGCACCACCCCCAGGCCCAGGGCCAGGCCUGCCACCCCCCACCCUCCCACCCCCACCUCCAGCACCCCCAGGCGCAGGGCCUGCCCCCUCUGCCCCAGCACCUGCACCCUCAGCCCCCUCUGCAGUACCCCGCCGUGGGCAGCUCCCAGCACUUUGACUUUGCCCAGUCGCUGGACUUGUGCGACGGAGGCGGGUACGUGGAUGGCAUGGGGGAGAUGGGCGAGCUGGGUCCGCUGGGUGGCAUGGGCGGAGGAGGAGGAGGAGGAGGAGCCAUGGGGAAGAAGAACGACCUGGGCUUCAUGCUGAUGGAUGAGACACUCUCACCACUAGGGGGCGACCCGCUGCUGUCAGCCAUGUCCCCAGAGGCGUCCAUCGACAGUAGCCGCCGGAGCAGCUUCAGCCUGGACGACAGCGACAUACUGUGACACACACAACUGCACACUCGCAUGCAUAUACACACACACACACACUCUCUCACACACACACACACAGUUAAGAAACAUGGCACAAUGCUCACACAGUUCCAAGCAAAAUGAAACACACACUCACAUACAGCUGAUGUAAAUGACACACAACACUCUAUGGUACACACAUACACACGCACACAGUAAUGCAGGUGUGCUCACCUGCUCAGCUGAAACCUUCAAAACACACAUCACACAAACUUGAAUAAACACGGUAGGCAGACAUAAAUUAGUACUUAAUGGCACACACACACACACACACACACACACACACACACACACACACACACACAGACACACACACACACACACACACACAUGCACACACACGUCCCCGAGUGCCUCCCCUUUGUCAGAUCCAUAAGAUUCUCGUCCUUGAAGGGAAACUGCCAGGCCGUUCUCUGUGUCUCUGUUAUUGAAGCGUCUUUAUUGUCACACACCUUCAGAUGACCAUCACACACACACACACACAGCAUCAGGGCCACCGUGUGUGUGCCAUCCCAAACAAAGGUAGUCCCUGGCUUCCCUCGGUGCCAGUUGGUUAAGUUUGUGCAGGGAAGAUGGCCAUCACACACACACACACACACACACACACACACACACACACACACACACACACAGAGGGAAGAUGGCCAUCACACACACACACACACAGGGAAGAUGGCCGGGCGGUCACUGCUACGUGAGCUCAGAACACACGCGUAGCAUUUUAAAGAAGUGUGCUUCCUGUUCCCUGUUCCCAAGGUACUGUGGGACAGACAGCUGGCAUUCAACGACACCCUUAGGCCAUGCCGUCCUCUUCAGGUGUGAUCACACACACACACACACACACACACACACGUACACACACAUACACACGCGUACAAACACUUACACACACACCGCCAAAACUAGGUCCACACCACAGGAAGCCUAACUGCCAAACUGUGUGUUUUAGGAUGGUUAUUGUUUGUGUAAUGUAGCCCAAAGAGGAGUCUGAUGGUAAGCAUUAGUAACCAUGGCAACCAUUUUGUUUGAUGGGUCGGCAGGUUGACCGUGGCACUGGUAGAGAAGGCCAUCGCUGGGAGGAGUAGAGAAAGGAGUUAGGAAGCACAUACUGCCACAGCCAAUCACACACUCCCAGCCCCGUCUCUGAUUGGCUGUGGCAUGGUGGGCGGGGGGGGGGGGACCGCCUCUGGUCCGCUUGGCCAAUCACAGCCCACAUGAGCCCCAGUGUGUGUAGCAGGAAGUACAGAGCCAGCAGAUGAAUUGGCUCUGACUCUUCAACUGUACAAAGAGAAAGAGAAAAGGUUGAUGUAUGAAAACUGUUUGUUUGUUUGUUGACUUUAUUUUUGUUUUUGAUUUUUUUCCCUCUCUCCCAAAGCACUGGAAAAAAUAUAGAUCAUUUUUUUGCCUUUAUACAAUAUUUUCUGAAGUGCAUUUUUAUGCAGAUGUGAAAUCCCUCAAAGCCACUUAUAUGUAUUUUAUUUGUGUUGUCCUUUUUUUAUUUUAUUUUAUUCUUCAUAAAUUACCUUUUCUAUCUUUAAUGCAGAGCCAUUUAAAUAUGAAAAUAUUUAAACCACUUGCAUUUUGGAAUAUGGCAAGUGGAGAGCCAUAUUACCUAUAUAUUUUUUUCUUUGUGUAAAAUAAAUCGUUUUAAUAUUCACCAGGCUUUUUAGAGAUUAAAAAAAAACAUGUAUGAUGCA